AUGAGCUCCGAGGGUGGGAACAUGGGCGAAAUCAGUGUUCUUGUAUACUGCCUCGGCUACGACGACGACUGCUAUUUGUCAGUUAACUUUCGGGAUGUAACAACGAUUUAUGUCCCUGACCGAGGAGCUUUAAGCCUUGCGGAGCGUUGCCUGUGGGCCGGCACGUACGAAUCUUCCGACAGGCUUUUUGAAACAUUCCAUGGAUUCGCGAACAACGCCUGCUCUCUUCAAUUCAUUUCUUCUGGUCGGGGUUUUUUGUCUCAGUAUCGCUUGGUUUCGCAAACUUUUUAG